AUGGCGUCCAUCGAUAAAUUGAGAAAAUUGAAACUAACUGAUUUGAGAGUUCUUGCAAUCGAGAAAGGGAUAGAUGCCAAUGGUAACAAGAAACAGGAGUUGAUAGAAGAUUUGUUAAACAGCCAGGUUCCAACUUCGGUUUUGACACCCGUACAUAACCAGUCAACACCCGUCAUCAAUCCAACGCCAACCAAGUCUGCCACCAACGUCAACGAUAAAGACAACCUGCCUCCCUUUCAUCGAGUCAAAUAUCUGCCGCAACUACCUUACGUAAAAGUUUUGUUUACGAUGAUUUACGAUUUCCUGAUAACGAGAGCAACAGAGUCAGGUGGAAGUGCUAAUAAUUUUAAAGGACUUGACAAGGCAGUCAAACACCAUGAUGCAGGAGACGUGAAAAACAUUUCACAUGCAAAGGUCAAUGAUACAACAAUGUAUGUGAGAGCUCUGUGUCAGGCAUCCAUGAAGAAGAUGAACUACCAAGUUUUUAUUUGUUUCUCAAAGGAAAAUGAAGAGCAACAUUCCAUAGACUACGCUUAUUGUCAGUGUCCAAUUGGGGCAGCACAAGCUUGUAGCCAUAUCGGAGCUCUGUUGUUUGCUUUGAAAGAUCCCACAAUCUGUAACAGGUACAUCUACCCUUUGUACCUGGAAUGUUCCUCGAGGAGAAGCCAAACCCCUUCCUUCAACCGGGGAAAUGAAGACAGUAAUUUUGACCCAAGGCAUAGUUUGGACAGACAGAAUGAUAUGGAAAAGACCUUAACUGCACUACAAGGUAUGUCACAUUUGUGGAAUAUUCCUGAUCCAGUGCCAGAUAUGUGUAUGGAGGAAGAAGUUGAGACAAGCAUUAAUCCACUUUACCAACAAAUGAUGAAGAUGCUUUAUACAGAGGGUAACUUACCACCAUCCAACAUUGACAUGGAGCUUGUAAAGUACAUAGAAGAAUAUACCCAAAGUCAGAGGCUUUCUAAAGAGUGGUUUAAGAUGCACAUUGGUAGAGUAACCAGCUCAUUGUUUGGGGAUGUAAUGUCUUCAGGUCCAAGUCCAACAUCUUUGAUAAAACAGAUAGUUGAGGGGUCAAAUCUUGAAAAGUACACAAACCUGCCUGCAGCUGUGCAGUGGGGAAUUGACAAGGAAGGUCAAGCCAGAGAGCAGUACAAGAAGAUUAAGAAAGCCAUUCAUAAAGUCUUUGAAAUCCAACCAACUGGUCUUGACACAAGGCAAGUCCACUGA